UUACCCUAAUGUAAGAUGGUGGCCCGUCUGGCUGUGGAACCCACCGAAAGCUGAGAGUCUCUCUCUCUCAGCCGUAAAGGUCGGACUCGCUGAAGCAAUCAGGCCCGUUUCUGAAGAGUUUUUUUCCCCGACACUCGUUCAGUGGUCUCUUGUGAGGACGCGGCAACGCGUGGAGUCGGAUAAGGGAAAAGCGAGGCAAGGCAGGCGGGUCUUCGAAGUUCUACAGUUUAGUUCCUAGCGCUGAACCUCCUUCUCCCUUAAAUUAUUAUAAACUUUUGCUGCUGUUUAAUAAACGUGAAGAUGUCUCGCAGUCCUGAUGUGAAGGAAGACCCUGUGGAAUGUCCUCUUUGCAUGGAGCCCUUGGAGAUAGAUGAUAUCAACUUUUUCCCUUGCACCUGUGGCUACCAGAUUUGCCGAUUUUGUUGGCAUCGAAUUCGCACUGAUGAAAAUGGGCUUUGUCCUGCAUGCAGAAAGCCAUAUCCAGAAGACCCAGCAGUUUAUAAACCACUCUCCCAGGAAGAACUGCAAAGGAUAAAGAAUGAGAAAAAACAGAAACAAAAUGAGAGAAAACAGAAAAUAUCAGAAAAUCGCAAACAUUUGGCUAGUGUACGUGUUGUACAAAAAAACCUCGUCUUUGUUGUAGGUCUGUCUCAGCGCCUAGCAGACCCAGAGGUUUUAAAACGACCAGAAUAUUUUGGGAAGUUUGGUAAAAUACAUAAAGUUGUCAUCAAUAAUAGCACAUCAUAUGCAGGCUCACAGGGUCCAAGCGCCAGUGCUUACGUAACCUAUAUCCGGUCGGAAGAUGCUCUCAGAGCCAUACAGUGUGUCAACAAUGUGGUGGUAGAUGGCAGAACACUUAAGGCAUCUCUAGGUACAACAAAAUACUGCAGUUACUUCUUAAAGAAUAUGCAGUGUCCAAAGCCUGACUGCAUGUACCUACAUGAAUUGGGGGACGAGGCGGCCAGCUUCACAAAAGAGGAAAUGCAGGCGGGUAAACACCAAGAAUAUGAACAGAAGCUACUUCAAGAAUUAUAUAAAUUAAACCCCAAUUUUCUUCAACUGUCUACGGGUUCAGUUGAUAAGAAUAAGAACAAAGUGACACCACUGCAGAGGUAUGAUACCCCCAUUGACAAACCUUCCGAUUCUCUCAGCAUAGGGAAUGGUGAUAAUUCCCAGCAGAUAUCUAACAGUGAUACACCUUCACCACCACCUGGUUUAUCAAAAUCCAAUCCAGUCAUCACUAUCAGUUCAUCCAAUCACAGUGCACGGUCUCCUUUUGAAGGGGCAGUAACUGAGUCACAGUCGUUAUUCUCAGACAAUUUCCGCCAUCCCAACCCUAUCCCAAGUGGGCUUCCUCCUUUCCCCAGUUCCCCACAGACAUCCAGUGACUGGCCUACAGCACCAGAACCACAGAGCCUCUUCACAUCAGAAACAAUCCCAGUAUCGUCUUCUACAGACUGGCAAGCAGCAUUUGGCUUUGGUUCUUCUAAACAACCAGAGGAUGACUUGGGUUUUGAUCCCUUUGAUGUCACUCGAAAAGCCUUAGCAGACCUGAUUGAAAAGGAACUGUCAGUCCAAGACCAACCUUCCCUUUCGCCCACAUCUCUUCAGAACUCCUCUUCACACACUACAACCGCCAAAGGUCCGGGCUCUGGAUUCCUACAUCCUGCUGCACCUACAAAUGCCAACUCGAGUCUCAAUAGUACCUUUUCAGUCUUGCCACAGAGGUUCCCUCAAUUUCAGCAGCACCGAGCGGUUUAUAAUUCAUUCAGUUUUCCAGGCCAGGCAGCCCGCUAUCCUUGGAUGGCCUUUCCACGCAAUAGCAUCAUGCACUUGAACCACACAGCAAAUCCCACCUCAAAUAGUAAUUUCUUGGACUUGAAUCUCCCGCCACAGCACAACACAGGUCUGGGAGGGAUCCCUAUAGCAGGGGAAGAAGAGGUGAAGGUUUCGACCAUGCCACUGUCAGCCUCUUCCCAUUCAUUACAACAAGGACAGCAGCCUACAAGUCUCCACACUACUGUGGCCUGACAACAGAACUGAGAGGAGAGGAUUAGACUCUGGGGUGCUUGCAUGGGCAACCGGAUUUUUGCAUGAUUCCUUUCUGAUUUUGCAUUUAAUGUAUACACCCAAAAGAGCCAAUAUAAACGUUCCUCAUGCCUACAACUAGUGUGUUACCUCAUAGUUGCUAAAGUAUUUCUUCAUUAGGCCUUUAACACAGUUUAUUAGCUUAAUAAUUUUGGCAUUGUUUCUCAUGAGUGAUACUAUUUUUUAACUCACACAAAUAAACUUGUAGUACUAAUUAAGAUCCCAGGUGAGAUUAGCUAGAAUUGUUAUUUUGGCUCUAUUAUUGAAAAUAUUCAAAGAUAAUGGUAGUUCCUUGUUUUCUGAUUUGUGAAAAAAUGGUAAUAUCCUAAUAUAUUCAUGAAAAUUUGAAAGUUAAGAAGAUAAUGUCUUGCAUUCUUUGACUACUUGAGAAGAAAGAAUACAUAUAAAACAAAAUUGGUGGUGUCAUUUAAUGCUCAGAAGGAUGUUGUCAGCAAUUGUUUGUAGUUGUAUGGAUUUAUCCUAUAUUAUGCAUUACAUGUUUAGAAACUGUCUUUGUUCUCUCUCAUUUGCACAUUUGCACUUUCUUUUUGAAUGGUUGUUAAUUAUAUAGAGACGCUUAAGAGAUAAUUAUUAUAGACUAAAUGCAAUAUAAUCUCUUUUCUAAUGCACUGCCUAGUAUACUGGGAAAUGCCUCAGAAACAGAAUUUCAACUUACAGUUGAUUUAUCAGAAACUUGAAUAUGGGGUAAAUAUUGUAUGUCAGAAGCAACCAUAGUAGUGUAACAUUUUUAUUGGAAAAACGGUAGUUCUGUGGGAUAUUUGUUUGGAAAUCUCAUUGUUUCACAAUUGAAGUGUGAUAAUAAAACUAUAUUACAAGUACCUGACCAGAAUGAGACUAAGGUGGAAGAGAAGAGAUUGGGGAUCCUCUAAAAUUAGGCCACGUAAGUUGUCAUAGGUAAUUUUAGUUAAUCACAGAGAAUAGUGGUGUACUUUAUUAGGAUAUAAUGUUGAAGUGAUGUUUUUGGAUAAUAGACAAUUUCUUGAAAUAGUUCUAAAGCUGAUAAUGAAAGAAAAUAAACUGAAUUCAGUUCUGAGCAUUAGACAAAAGUUGGUUCAGAAAACAUGACUAUGUUCUGCCUAAAUUAAGCAUCUGGGAAAAAAGGGGAAAGUCAGAUCUCCUCUUGAGAUUUUCAAAAAACCAUUGUGAUAUAAAAGAUACGCCUUAAUUUUUUUAAAAAAAUAUUAAAAGAGUAGCAUGAAUACCAAAAAAGGAAGCCUAGAGAUUUAAAAUAAUAAUAAUGAUAAUAAUGAAAUACCUUACUAGGAGCGAUACUUAAUAUCAUGUUGGAGUUGGAGUUUUCAGGGUUACCUCUCUAUGUAAAGUCUAAUAACUUUCUAUUAGAUAUAAUACACAAGUUAAAUGGCUUUGUCCUGAGGUAUAGUGGGUAAACUAAAAUCUAUUCUUAGAUAUCCUUCAAUUUGGUUAGCUGAGGGUGUAGAAACAACUAAUUAUCUAGCCAUUUUAAUUAUUUUUGUAAAAUUCUGCAUAAAUGACAAUCUCUAACAUCUAUUUAGAAGUGACUUUAGGACAGCGUUAUGAGAAAUUUAGAAAAUACAAAUAAAAUAUUGUAGAUUUGUUAGCCUUUUAGCAUGUGUUGAAUAUGGAGUCUUUUAGUAUGUGUUGAUUAUGGUUUCAUUUUUGCUGUAAGAGGCCAAGACAUCCGCUUAAUGUCUCCUGUGGUGCUGAGGCUCCUUGGCUUUGUGAACAAACUUGGGCUCCCUGUAAUAGGGCUUACUAGCGCAUAGUUUUCUCCAGCCUUCAGUGCAAGCCUUUCAGCACUUGGAUCUUCUUACAAAAACAUGAGGUGGUUAGCUCCCAUUUACUUACCGUUUUGAGAGAUAUACCUGUUAAACAAGGCUUUUUUCCUGUGGUAGCUUUCUCUCUCCUUUCUCAUUCCUGGCCAUUGCCACAAAACUGUCAGGUAGUUUACCAGACUUGCUAGAGCCCAGGACUGUCUUUCUGCCUGCUUCCCCUCCUGCCCCCCCACCCCCGCCAACACCCCCCCACCACCCCCAACACCCCACCACCACCCCUGCUUUCCACAUACACACCAUAAUCGGAAAAAUGCUUUCUUGGGUAAUUAGGCUUCAACUUAGAUACUUUCACAUAGACUAGCUAAAGAUUAUCAUUUAACUAACUGUAAUUCCAAGACUUUGUAAGCCUAAACAAAUAAGCUUCGCUGUUUUGCUUACUUAAUAUAUAUAUUACGGUUUUAAAAAGUGAAGUCUUAAAAUCAGUCAGAAUUACUUAUACUAAAACACAGAAAAAGUUACACAACACGUGAAAGAAAGUACUGCUUCACUUAGCAAGUAAAUUGAUGAAACCAAAUGACGGUAAAGAAUGAGAAAUUCUAAAAACUUCAAAUUAGUUUUUGAUAAAUUCCUGCCUGAUUGAUCUGUCAUACACAAGGGAAACUUUAUAUGCUUUUAUAUCCUUAACUUUUAAAAAAACAUUUCAGAGCAGCAGUUCUUAGUGCCAGUGUGUAGGAUAUAGACCUGGGUUGAAUGAUUUUGAUCUUAUGAUGAAUGUCAAGUGCCUCUUUUUAAUUUCUUAAAGAUUCCAUUAGAAAAUAUUUUCUGAUAAAUAAUACUUUCCUUUUCAUUCUACUGUUGCAUUUUGUUUUUACAGGUGGUGCUUUUGUAUACUCUCCUCUUAUUUCAACAAAGCGUUAAUAUUUGAGUGCCUACUCUUUGUAGUGACUUGAGCUAGAUCUUGAGGGAUACAAGGCUGAAUAAAGUAUAGAUCCUAUUAUCAAGGAUAACAGUCUAGUGACAGUUUUAUUUCAAUUAUUUCUAUAGCGUCAGCUCUUGAUAUAUUUUAACCACAGGAACAGCCAGAGCAGUCUAGACUCAUUUCAUUAUUCAUUGCUCUGACAGUGGCAACAAAGGGUAUUGAAUACUGAUACUUGAAAUUUUUAAAUAUAUGGUAAUUUGGAGAGAGUGAAAAAAAUUUUAAUGUGAGAGACAUACAUUCAUUAUUCUAAUUUAAGUAUUUAUCAGUCAUGUGUGUGUGCUCAUGUCUUACUCUUAGUGUUGUGGCGAUUAAGUACAGCUUCCUUUAUAUAUGUUCUUUUAAAGAAAACUUUAAUGCAUUGUGUGCACAUUUUUACUGACAUGGCUCCUAUUUGUACAGUAUUCCAAGCACCUUCAAGACUGACAGAGCUCUCCUCUGCUGUGAUACAGGUACAUAGGGAGCUACUCCCACAGAGGCCUUAACCUCAGAAAGCCAAGAGAAAGGAACGAAUUGCAGGUGCAUUGAAAUCUUACGAAAUGAAGACCACCAUGUUAUUUAUGCAUAUAUAAAAAUGGGGGGACAUUUUAUCCUAUAUUGAGUUGUAAGGUUUUAGAUUCUUUUGUUUAUUUGAUCAUGAAGCUUUCCCAUAUCUGCUUAAGAGAUGUAUAUCAUACAAUUGAAAGCACAAUAACUUAAAAAAAAUUUUUUUUAAAGA